GAAGGAGGCCAUCAGACGUCGUAGCUAUCGCUGCUGCUGACCAGAGAAGAAGAGGAGGCGGCGGCGGCGGGGGCAGGCGAUGGGGAUCUGGGGCUGGCCGUGGGGGCGGCGAGGGCUGACAGGCUUCGGCUCCGCGUCCACCGCCGAGGAUGUCGCCGCCGGCGUUGACGCCAGCCAGCUCACCGCCAUCGUCACAGGAGCAACAAAUGGCAUCGGGAAGGAGACAGCCAGGGUUCUUGCACUGAGGGGAGCAAAAGUGAUCAUACCAGCAAGGACGCUGGAGAGUGGAAUGAAGGUGAAAGAAAGCCUUUCCGAGGAGGCUCCAAGUUUGAAUCUCCAUGUCAUGGAGAUGGAUCUGAGCUCCCUUGAAUCUGUCCGCAGCUUCGCACGCUCCUUCAAUGUCUCUCACAAGCAUCUGAAUAUCCUCAUAAAUAAUGCAGGUAUAAUGGCCUGCCCUUUCCAGCUAUCUAAAGAUGGGAUUGAACUGCAAUUCGCAACGAACCAUCUCGGCCAUUUCUUGUUGACAAAUCUUCUACUUGACAAGAUGAAAUGGACUGCCAAAGAGACUGGUGUGCAGGGCAGGAUCGUGAACGUAUCAUCGACAGCGCAUAGAAGAAGUGACGGCUCUGGUUUUGAUCUGAACAAGCUGAACGACCAGUCCAGGUACAGACCAUUCAGGGCAUACUCGCACUCCAAAUUAGCCAAUAUCCUUCAUGCAAACGAGCUAUCGAGGCGUUUUCAGGAGCAAGGAUGUGAUCUGACUGCAAAUUCCCUGCACCCUGGCAUCAUCGUAACCAACAUCGUUCGCUAUACCGCAACAAACAGUAUGCUGAUCUCAAUCCUCUCUCUGGCCAAGACUUUCCUGAAGGACACCCCCCAGGGAGCUGCAACUACUUGUUAUCUGGCACUGCAUCCUGAUGCCAAGGGUGUGUCUGGAAAGUACUUUGCCGGUUGCAAUGAGGCAAAGCCAACGGCCAUUGCAAGAGACGCAGAAUUGGCCAAGAGGCUGUGGGCGUUCAGUGAAGAACUCGUGGAAAAUAGGCCAAAAUGAUUUGAUCUCGUGUGCUGUGAGAGUAUAUGUUCUUCUUGCAUAGGGAAACUAGCCGGCAUCCAAGGAUAAAUACAUGCAUCGAAGAGGGUAUGUUGCUUUUUUUUUGCUGUUCUUGCUGUAAAAUGUAAAAAGAAUUAAAUGUAAGCGAAAUUUAUAAUUUUUUAGAGGUGCUUUAUAUUUUUUACUCCUACUGGGAUAUCAUCUUAUGGAUUAAUGGAAGAAGCUCAGCAUGCCUCCUUGUGAAUAUCA